CCUCCCCUCCUCGAGGUCUUCACUCAGCGGCCAACAAAUACAAUAUCUCUUCCUCCCGUGGGCUCCCCUGCUCCAUUCGCCUCUUCCUUCACCACAAACACACAAAUGGGGAGCCUCCACGACGUCGUCGAGAACACCAACGUGGUGUGCCCGCCGAACCCCCUCGACCCCGAGGAGUUUCGCCGGCAGGGCCAUAUGAUCGUCGACUUCAUCGCCGACUACUACCACAACGUCGACAAGUUCCCGGUCCUCAGUCAGGUCUCCCCUGGCUACCUCCGGGAAUGCCUCCCCGACUCGGCACCUAACCACGCGGAGCCCAUCGAGGCGAUCCUACAGGACGUCCGCAACCACAUCGUCCCCGGCAUCACUCACUGGCAGAGCCCCAACUACUUCGCCUACUUCCCCUCCAGCGGCAGCAUUGCCGGGUUCAUGGGCGAGAUGCUUAGCGUCGGCUUCAACGUCGUCGGGUUCAACUGGAUGUCGUCUCCCGCGGCCACCGAGCUGGAGACCAUCGUCAUGGACUGGCUGGGCAAGAUGCUGAACCUCCCCAAGCCCUUCCUUUUCUCCGGUGGCGGGGGCGGCGUGCUCCAAGGCACCACCUGCGAGGCCAUCCUCUGCACCGUGACAGCAGCCAGGGACAAGGUGCUGACCAAGAUCGGGAGGGAUCGUAUUGGCGACCUGGUGGUCUACUGCUCCGACCAGACCCACUGCGCGCUCAAAAAAGCGGCGCAGAUCGCUGGCAUUCACCCGGACAACAUCCGCGCGCUGCGGACCCGCCGGUCCGACGCCUUUGGGCUGUGCCCCGAGACGCUGCGCUCCGCACUGGCGGACGACGUCUCCGAGGGGCUUGUGCCGCUGUACCUGUGCGCCACCGUGGGCACGACCUCAUCGACGGCGGUCGACCCGCUCCGGGGGCUGUGCGAGGUGGCAGCGGAGCACGACAUCUGGGUCCACGUCGACGCCGCCUACGCUGGCAGCGCGUGCAUCUGCCCGGAGUUCCGGCACUUCAUCGACGGCGUGGAGGGCGCCGACUCCUUCAGCUUCAACGCCCACAAGUGGUUCUUCACCACCUUGGACUGCUGCUGCCUGUGGGUGAAGGAGCCGCAACACCUGGUGAACGCCCUCUCCACCAACCCCGAGUACCUGAGGAACAAAGCCACGGAGUCGAAAAAGGUGGUGGACUACAAGGACUGGCAGAUCGCCCUCAGCCGUCGCUUCCGAUCGCUGAAGCUGUGGAUGGUGCUGCGGAGCUACGGGGUGGCCAACCUCCGGAACUUCAUCAGGAGCCACGUCAACAUGGCUGAGCUCUUCGAGGAGCUCGUGACCAAGGACGAGAGGUUCGAGGUGGUGGUGCCCAGAAACUUCGCCAUGGUGUGUUUCCGGCUGCUACCACCCCUCGGCGGCCUCUCCGCCAGGGACUGCGGAUUGGAGACUGCAAACGCGAUCACCAAGAGGUUGCUCGACUCGGUGAACGCGACCGGGAAGGUGUACGUGACCCACGCGGUGGUGGGAGGAGUCUACCUGAUCCGAUUCGCGGUCGGCGCCUCGCUCACCGAGGAGCGGCACGUCCGGUCGGCGUGGAUGGUGGUGCAGGAGCAAGCCGAGGCUCUGCUGGCGGAGUUCAACGUACAUCCCGUGAUGCAGGAGCAAACAGACGCCGUGCUAACUGCGGCCGUGCAUGGUUGACGCCUCAGUUUCCAUGCGAAGAGGUGACCAAUUCGCCAUACAUAAUAUAAUAAUUAUUAUUAUUAUAGCAAAGCCACGAAUAUGUCCAGAAUAAAAAAAAACACUUUUUUCCUGUA